GCGGUGUGGGUGUGGGUGUGGGUGUGGGUGUGGGUGUGUGGGUGUGGGUGUGGGUGUGGGUGUGGGUGUGGGUGUGGGUGUGGGUAUGGGUGUGGGUGUGGGUGUCGGUGUGGGUGUGGGUGUGGGUGUGAGUAAAUGAUAGGAGUACCAUCUACAUCCAUACACCCACACCCACACCAACAUCCACACCCACACCCACAUCCACCCACACCCACCAACACCCACCAACACCCACACACACCCACACUCACACCCCACACCCACACUCACACCCCACACUUACACCACACCCAAGAUAGGCUAUAGGCUGGACAACAAAACGCUUUUAGCUGGCUUCUAAAUGAGACAAUUAAUUAGCUAAAAUUAAAAAAUUUUUGUGAAGGCAAAUUUUUGUUUUGACGACUUCUUUUCUUCGCAGAUACGACGCGCAGUUUUGAUUUUGUGAUUGAUAUUGAUGCGCAUUACAUCUAGCUGUCUUAUAAAAGCAGUCUUGAAAUUUCGACGUGAUCUACCGUCGCGAUAUGACGUCUAAAAAAUUGUUCCUUGAAUUGGAUUUUGGAGGAAUCAAAAGAAGUGAAUUUCGAUCUGAAAUUUUGCCCACAAGUAGGCUUCCUGACUCUUAGAAUGCCAUGAAAAUUUCAGCCAAAAUGGAUGCUUCUUUAGUGAGAUAUUGCACGUUAAAAAAAAAGUCGAUUUUGUGAAAUAGCAUCAUUUUUUUCUUAUUCAAUACCCAGUGAAAAAAUGUCGGAUUAUAUCAGAUUUCAUCAGAUUAUCAUCGGAUUUUUGUGCAACAAAAUCAAAAUUAUACUUGAUUUAAAAGAUUAUUUUGGAUUAAAAAUCAAAUUAUUUUUGAUUGGAAAGAUUUCAAUCGAUUAUAAUUUUGGUUUUGUUGCACAAAAAUCCGAUGACAAUCUGUAAUAAUCUGACAUUUUUUCACUGGGUAUCUCGACAACAAAGCAUCCGUUUUGGCUGAAAAUUUCAAGGCAUUCUAAGUAACAUGACACUUACUUAUGAGAAAUAUUUCAGAUCAAAAUUCUUUUCUUGUGACUCUUCUAUAGGGUCGAAUAUUCCUUACAAGAGAUAUUUAAUAAUUCUAGAAGAAGAACAAGAUAAUUCUUUUUAUGCAUAAUAUGAGCAUAGUGAAGGUCCAUUAUCUCUAUUUGUUUUAUUAUGCUAAGUGGGGAGCUAAUGUCCUUAGGCCUUUUAAGACAUACACAUUAUCUCUAUUUUUGUGAUCAGCUUCCUCGCAUUGUCAAAAAAUAUCCCUUCGAUUUUUAAUGGUUAACUAUACAUAUGACAUCAUUUUGUUUUUGUAUUUUGCUUACCUAUAAACGUCAAUCGUUUGAGUAUUAUCAUAAAUCUUGUAGUAUUGCAAUGAGUUCGAUUUGCCUAGGAUUUAUAUUUAGUUUAUGAAUUGUACAUAUUUACGAUUUACUUAGAUUUUGGUCUCACAUAUUGUUCGAAUGGUGAUUUUCUGCAAUAUAUUAAUGACGCUGGUCAUCUUGAAGAAGAAGUUGUACGAUUUUGUGCUACUCAACUUAUUGAAGCACUUGAACAAUUACAUAUUCGACAUAUAAUUUAUCGAGAUCUGAAACAGGAAAAUAUUCUUUUGACUGAUGGUAUGCAUAUUCAAUUAAUUGAUUUUGGUUCUAGUACUAUUAUUGACAAUAAUGAAGUGCCUCAAACAGAUAGCAAUGAUAGCCAAGAUGAAAAGAAAAAAAUCAUUACAACGAAAGAAUUCAUUUGUUGGUACAGCUCAAUUUGUAGCACCAUAGAAAUUCUCCAGGAUGGUCCUAUCCAUUUUGGAUCUGAUCCCUGGUCACUUGGUUGUAGUAUUUAUCAAAUGGUUACUGGGAAACAUCUUUUCUGUGGAUAUCAUGAAUAUGAUAUUUUCAAUGAUAUUGUUCGUGUUGCUAGUAAAUUACCUGAUGACUCCCUAAAUACUAUUGGUGAUCUUAUACAAAAACUUGCUGGAUGA